CCUGACAAGAUGCGAGGUGCUCCUGGGAGGAAACAGAACGCUAUGAUGCAUCUACAGCUGAAGAGCUUCGAGAGCAUGUUACAAACCUUCCUGGAGAAACACGAGACGGGGUCACUCUAUCGCGCCUUCGCCCAGGUUAUUCCUCAUAAUCGUCAUGUGAAUACCUUGGAUGGUUUGAAUGAUUUUACAAAUCGCUGGGUCUUGGAUCUUGAAGAUAGGCAUCUUACUGACCAAUCAACCAUGCAACGGAUCGAAGAUUUCAACCAGGAUAUCAAAUACCUUAAAGAUAUGAAAACGAUAUUUGAUGAGCGUAUCUAUUCAGUACUGUUUGAAUUUUAUUACGAGAUGGUGAUGGAGGAGAUUCCGCAAGCUGCCAAAUUGGUUGAGAGAGGGCGUCGUGCAAGUAGCGAGGUCAAGGGUUCUAAUCUCCUUGUCAUGUCAAACACAAAAGGCUACGACGCACUCAAUGAGUCAAUGCCAGUCAGGAAGUUGUACGAUAUUUCCAAAGAUUGCGAGAAGCUAUUUCUAACCAUCCACCAACUGCAACUGAUUGAUGUCCGCUGGGGUAGUCUUCUGAAAUCAGAGGAAGUGGAUGUUGAAUUGUUCGAUCCUGAAUCGAUUCAUGAUGUGAAGCUCUAUCCAAAUCACUAUAGAUUCGGGGAGCUUUUGCGACUUAUUCCAGAUAUCAUGCAUAAGACACAAAACGCCAUCAAGUUAGCACGAAGCUGGUGGUACCAGGCUGAAAGGAUAAGAAGACGUCUUCGAGGACAGAAGAUCCGUGAAGAAACAAGCUCCGAUCCUCCUUUGGAAAGUGAUGACAUUCACUUAGCUGAAUCUCCAAAGGAGCAUCUGCCUACAGCUGACAUAUUACACGAGGACCGGUCAACCAUACCCUGCAGAUUGCCCUCUCCACAGAAGCGUCACAGACUUGAUGAAUAUCACAAUCCCAACACUGACUACAGAACUGACGAAACACGGGAUAAGGAGUUCAAAGAAGAAGAAAGUGAAAGAUACAAUGAAAGAAUUCCUUUUGAUAAACAAGAUGAUUCCUUGGUUGGGAGAACACCCCGACACCUAGAUUUUGAAACUCACCCAACGUUUCCUGCAGUAACCGAAACAGUUGAAAAACGACUCAAAGAACUAACCACUUCUAUUGCUUUGAGACGAAUGGAGUUAGCCUCAGAGACCAACGAACUUGAAUUCUUUAAUCGCAGACAAGAAAGAAUCCGAAAAUUAAGAUCAAACAUGAAGCUUGCAGACAACGCGAUAGAAGCAAUGGAAGACGAACUGAAGAGCUAUACACUAGUAAAAGAGCGACUUAUUCUGCAGUUAGAAGAAGCAGAAGACUCCUCUGAAAGAAGACACAUUUCAGAGAAGCUUAAGACAAUUGAUCAGAAAGUAAAUGAUAUUCAAGAGCUCUCAAAAGUUUCGAAAUAUCGUCAAAAACUUAUGAACAAUGACUUGAAACUCAAACUAGACCUAAAAGCAACAUUCACCAGGUACCGAAAUGAGGUGCAAGGGCGAGUUGAUCUAUUAUCCUCAGCAGUCCAAGAAGAAGAGGAGAAGAAAGACCAACUAGAACAUGAGCUAAUGUUACUUCAUCUGCAGGAUGGCUUAGACAAACAAGAUCACACGAACUACAAGGAAAAGGGGUCAUUGCACAAGAAUCGCCACUAUGUAUACAAGACCAACGAGGCUCAAGUUAUUCCUAGGGCGGCAAAGAAAGCGACUGGGAGCGUCCCCUGGUUAGAAAGCAGCAGGGAAUCUCCCGAAGAUGCUAUUCAAACUGAUUACGAUCUUGAUACACCGGCGUACAAGGAGUCGUAUUCCCCAGAUCUACUCUAUGAUCAUUUGCGACCACUUGGUACAAGUAGGGAUCAUGAUAGAGCUUCUGAUUACGGGGAUGUUAGUCCGGAUCUCUUGAAACAAAUAAGUCGUAACUCUAUUGAUAGCGGGAUCAAUGGAAUGGGAAACAGGAAUCAUGAUAAAAAGGUCAGACGUCAACAGGGCAAACGGAAUCAUCUACUCACACAUCAGGUAACUCAAAACAACGGGUAUGCCUCUGAGUUAAACGGUUUCAAAGACAAGCAAGAAAGAUCAAAGCUCAGUCGGAAAACUCCUAUUCCUGAAAUACACUAUCUCCCCCCAAGUUCUAAAGGAAGCAGGGAGCACUGGAAAGACCCAGAAAAUGUUUUUUCUGAUGAAUAUGAUUACGACCCACAUGGAUACGAUGGGACAGAUGACCAAGAUACAAGUUACCCUGACCAUAAAGACAGCAGACGAAAGGUACAUAGAAGACAUCCUCCUGCAACAACUAAAGACAUGGAUUUACCGACGAGAAAUGUAAAAAGACACCCUCGAAGGUCACUGGCACAGAAGAACAUCGGUGCUCCAGUGUCUCAUCUGCCACAACUCCGUGAGGAGGACGACCGAUCACCUACAGCUCCAAGGAGGGAUCGAACCCCGAGGAUGUACGACCCAAAGAGAGAGAGCCAAGAUAGUCUCAUCAACUCCUAUUCGCCAGUGCCGCUUUACAUGCCCCUCGGUGUUCAUCAGAGCGGUAAGCUAAACACUGGUGAAGGUGGUGGAGGAUCUAGGAAUUCUAAAAAGGCACAGGGAUUGGCGCCAAGGAGCAAGAUAGACCAACCAGAUCUUCUGUCACCAUUGUACCAACAAAACGAGAAACAACAAAGUAGAAAACCACAUACACUUAGUCGUAUCCCAGUCAAAACAAUACACUAA